AUGGAAUUUGCGGGUGGCAGGUUGACGUCGAGAUCCACGGUUAUAUCUGCGAUCCAAGCAAAGAAGGACCUGGCUAGUGGGGCAGAUGCCUAUCUGGUUCAAGUAGUAUCUGAUCCAUCAGAGACAAAGUCUAUAGCAGGAAUCCUAGUUGCUGAAGAGUUCUCUUAUGCCUUUGCAGUUGACCUCCCUGGAUUACUUCCGAUUCACGAUGUCAAGUUUACUAUUGACUUGGAACCUAGAGCGGCUCCGAUACACAAGGCUCCUUAUAGAAUGGCACCAGCUGAACUAAAAGAGUUGAAGGCCCAAUUGCAUGAAUUGGUAGGCAAGGGAUUUAUUCAGCCCAGUUCCUCACCUUGGGGAGCGCCCAUGCAACUUGUUAAGAAGAAAGAUGGCACACUCAGGAUGUGCAUUGAUUAUCGGGAGUUUAAAAAGGAGGGGCGAGUCGUAGCUUAUGCAUCCCGCCAACUAAGGGAUCAUGAAAGCAACUAUCACACUCAUGACUUGGAGCUUGCAGUAGUGGUUUUUGCUCUUAAAAUUUGGCGGCACUAUCUUUAUGGUGAGGCAUGUGAGGUCUACAACAAUCAUAAGAGCUUGAAGCAUCUCUUCACGUAG